UUUUGUCAUCAUUUGAUAAUGGUUCUGUCCUGUUGUUUAAUGUUUUUGUGUUUUUAAAAUUUUAAUUUAACACAUAAGAAUAAAAUGAAUUCCGAAGUAAUCUCCAAAUCCAAUGCCACCCCAGACAGAAUAUUUAAAGUGAUAGUGAUUGGCGACUCAAAUGUGGGGAAAACGAGUUUAACUUACAGAUUUUGUGAGGGAAAAUUUUUGCCAUUUGCUGAAGCGACAAUAGGUGUAGACUUCAGAACGCGAAUUAUUGAUGUGGAUGGUGAAAAGAUUUUGUUGCAGUUAUGGGACACGGCAGGUCAAGAAAGACACAGAAUGUCCAUGGUGAGACAUUAUUACAGAAACACUCAUGCCAUCGUAUUUGUGUAUGAUGUUACUAACAGGAAUUCAUUCCUCAGCCUUAAGAAAUGGAUUGAGGAGAGCACACUGAAUUGUCUUGCAGAUGUGCCAUGCAUACUCAUUGGUAAUAAAUGUGAUGAAAACCAAGUUAUCUCCACACAAGAGGCGCAGAAAUUCGCUGACGAAAAUAAUAUGCCUCUUUUUGAAACAUCAGCAAGAUUAGAUGAUGAACGCAACAACGUUGAUGCAAUUUUUCUGACGCUGGCACACAAACUUAAAAACCACAAAAAGUUUAUUCAAGAUAACCCCCAAAAGACCACAAUCAAAGCUACGCAUGUUGAUGAUUGCACUAAAAGUGGUUGGUAUUGUUGUUAAUUUAAGCAUUAAUUGUAUUAAUUUUUUAUUUAUAUAUGUAUAUUUAAAUAAAUUAUUUUAUUUAA